AUAAAACUGGGGAGCAAAGGCGCAGAGAGAAUUUUCUACCACGCUCGUCAUCGGAAACUAUGGGAUCUCCACCUCUCCUCCGUCGCAUUUUCUGCCGCCGGUGAUCUCCUUCCUUCGCACUUAAAUUAUCCUAUCUCCCUAUCUGCUCAUCCUUUGGUAUUCCGCCCCCCUCUUUUUUUUCAAUUAGUCCUAGGGUUUGCGCCAUAUGUUUCCAUUCGACUUGCGUUUUUCGCCACGAUUGAGCUUCGAAUUCCUUCUGAUUUCGCUUCCAUUGUUUAUGUCGUCGCAUUCUUCUAAUUUUACGCAUAUGUAUUGCGUGUCUCUGCGUUUCCAUUUCAGAUGACUAUGGGCAUGGGGAAUAAGUUCCCGAAUUAGGAUAUCUGCAAAAUUGGUUGGAUUAUUGGUUUGCUUGAAUGGAUUAGCAAGGAAGUUGUUUUUUCUUCUCUCCUUACUCGUAUACUUGUUGCUUUACAAUCUUAUGUUUUUCACUGCCAACGUUUCUUGAUAUGUAGAUGAUCGAACUGGUAUUAUUUAGGCUGAAAUUGCUUUUGUUCUUAUUUAGAAGAUGGUUAACGUUAAACCAAUCUGAUCAUCAGACCCCCUUUCCCUCUCUCCCCCCUUCAAAUCCGAUUUUGUCACAGAUGCUCUCGAGUCUCAGUCUCUGAUCUAUACAAAAUGAUAUUGGACAAACAUCUUACGUUUCUUAUAGGGUUACCAAGCGGAAGUUAAAAGAUUUUUUGUAUGGAGCUGAAGGAGUUAAAAGUAGAGAUGGAUGCUUCAACCUGUAAAGACAAUGAAACCCAACUGAAAGAAACACAAGAGAAGUCCAUGCACUGUACGAGUAACUGCGAGGACCACAGUUUCUAUGUAGAAGAGUCUUCCGAAGAUCAUUUGGAUGGUGAUGCUUCUAUUAGAAAAGAGGUUCUCGAGGUUGAUAUAGAGGGAUGCACAGAUCUAAAUGACGACAAAUUGGAAUUAUCAGAAUGCAACGAUGGGACAGAGGGGUAUUCGAGCUCAUUUAGUGGAACGGGUUCUGAAUCUGAGAACGGAACAGCAUUGAACGAUCAAGAAGCUGAUUCCUUGAUGUAUACCAAUACCACUCUACCACUUUGGGUGAGAAAGAAAAGGCUGACAGAUCAUUGGAGGAGGUUUAUACAGCCUAUAAUGUGGCGAUGUAAAUGGCUAGAACUCAGGAUGAAAGAACUUCAGUCACGGGCACAAAAGUAUGACAAAGAACUCGAAGUAUAUUAUCAAGCCAAGCAGUUUGAAUUAGAAAGUCUCAAGUCAGAAGGGCUUGCAUCGAAGGAACUACUGCUCUCAUGUCAUACUAAAACAAAUGGAGUUGUGAAGAGGAAAAAAAGAAAGCGAGUGGAAGAAACCACAGAAAGUUCAUCCUAUAUGUUGAGCCAUAAUCUCUUCUCUUAUCAUGAGUACCGGAAAUCCUCCGCUGAUGGCGCUCUCCUGAAUGAUAAUUUUUGCAAUUCAGAUAAUAGGGCUAAGAACGCCAAGAACGUGAGAGUUUUCAACGAAGAAUCGCCAUUUCUCGAGCUUAGAGAAGGUGAUGAGUACUUGGAACAGAUACUUUUGAAGAUUGAAGCAGCAAAGUCAGAAGCCCGUAAUUUGAAGAACCGGGUAGACAAAAUGUUGAGUGAAUUUCCCGGGAGAUUUUCUUCGGCUAACUCACUGGUUUUUCCUGGAUCAGCUGAUGCUUUAACCAGCUCUGAUCAAAAGCCCCAGUUGUUUCUUGAAAACGAAGAUGGAAAACCAAUUAAUUCCAUGUCUGUAUCAUCUCGUCAUAUCAUGCCCGAAGACAGUACAAGAGAUAGUUUGAUGUCUGAGAAUGCUGCAGUUUCAAGUCAAGGAGAAGAAAAAACUUUUCCUGAUAAGAAGCCAUUAAACACAGAGCAAACAUCAAUCGAGGGUCCAUCGAGAAGUGCAAGGAAAAGAACACCGCGAAAUCGGGAGGCAAUUGAAGGGACCAGACAGAGGCCUCGAAUUUCGAAAGAGAAGCCAAAAACAAAUGUAAUGGCUUCAAGGUUUAAGGUUCCCAAGAGAAAGAGGAAGCGGGGAAAGUCGAGAUCAGCCUCGUCUGGGAUUAGACGACGAUCCUAAAAAACCGAAGAAGAACAAUCAAACUUUAUGAAAGAGAUAGGAUGUAGGGAGAGUACAUUAUUUAAGGAACGUCCUUCUGGAGAGUUUGGCAGAGACGAUGGCCAAGAUGGUGACAGAAGGGA